AGCAUCUGUGGACAAGGAGACGUACGGAAAAAUGGGUCUAUAUUCUAUGUGCUAUUAUGUGACAUCCAUGCUUCUGGCUCUGUCAACUGCCAUCCUCCUGGUUCUUUGUAUCAGGCCAGGGGAAUCCGCUGCGAGCACCUCAGAGGCCUCUGGUGGUGAAUCGAGGGGGAGGCAGACUUUGGAUGUCUUUCUUGAUCUCAUCAGAAAUAUAUUUCCUCCAAAUCUGGUGGAAUCUUGUUUCAAAAUGUAUAAAACGGUUUAUUCUGAAAAUCAAACCUCAGGUGUCAUCAAUGCAACUGAAAAAAAUGACUCAAUAUCAAUGCCAACACCAAAGGAAGGCAGCGCAGAUGGGAUGAAUAUUAUGGGUGUAGUGUUCUUCUCCAUAGCAUUUGGCAUCACCCUGAGUCUAAUGGGUGAUGAGGGGAAACCUCUAAAGGACUUUUUCAACUGCCUCAAUAAAGCCAUCAUAAAUCUUGUCAACGCAAUCAUCUGGUACUCCCCAGUAGGGAUCAUCUUCUUGAUCGGGGGACAGAUUUUAAAGUUGAGAGACUUUGUUGAUAUGGGACGCCAACUUGGCCUGUUCAUUGUCACUGUCAUCACAGGCCUGACAAUCCAAUCGUUGGUCCUCAUGCCUCUCAUCUAUUUCAUCGUCACACGUAAGAAUCCCUUCAGGUUCAUAGCAGGUCUCCUCGACGCUAUUACCACUGCCUUCGGGACAUCAUCCAGUUCUGCUACUUUCCCCAUUACUUUGCACUGUCUGGAGAAUAAUCUUAAAUUGGACAAAAGGGUAACACGCUUCAUGGUGCCAUUAGGUGCGGUUUUGACCAUGGAUGGAACUGCACUCUAUGAGACCAUCGCUGCCAUUUUCAUAGCACAGGUUCAUAAUAUUGAACUCAGCUCUGGCCAAAUCGUCAUCAUUGCAAUAACUGCUGCAGUUGCAGCUAUGGGGGUGACAGGUAUUCCACAGGGAGCCCUCAUAGCCAUGGCGAUGGUGCUGUCAUCAGCAGGACUGCCACUGGAUGGCAUUUCAUUAAUCAUCACAGUAGACUGGAUCCUGGAUCGUCUGAGGACAAUCACCAACGUGAUGAGUGACAGUAUCGGUGUGGGCGUCGUGCAACAUCUCUCCAGACAUGAGCUGCAGAGUUCUUCCACGGAAGAACUGAUGCUCGAUGACAACACGGACGACUUUUGACUGGGUCACUAUACAAACAUGUGACCACACUCUGUCGAGUACAAUGCAUGGUUGCAACAGUAGAAACAUUAAAACUAUAUACACAUUCUACACCAA